GGCCGUGUCGGAGGGAGGGGGGGGGCAGCGGAAUCCGCCGCCAUCCGCCGCCCGCCCGCCCCGCCCGCGGCCCCCGAGAGCGCGGCCGCCGCAGCGGAGCCCGCCCGGGGCGGACAGGUCCCGCGGCCGAUGCGGCGCGAUGAGCGAUCGGGCUGCGCGGGGCCGGCGCUACAACUGCCUGAGCCUCAGUGAGAGCUACCGGGGGCGGCCCCUCGAGCCCCCCCGCGCCGCCGGCGCCCCCCGCCAUGGGCUGCAGAGCCUGGGCAAGGUGCCCAGCCGGCGCAUGCCCCCCGCGCACCUGCCGAGCCUGAAGGCCGAGAACAAGGGCAACGACCCCAACGUGGCGCUGGUGCCCCGAGACGGCUCGGGAUGGGCCAGUCGGAGCGACCCCCAGACCCCCGCAGUUCCGAGCCCUCCGCCCCUCCCCGCGCAGUCGCCGUCACCGCCGGAUUCGCAGCCGCCUGCGAGCGGCACCGGGGGGACACGGACCCCAGGGACCCCCGAGGUGAGGGGGGCACUGCCCUGUGAGCCCCUGGGAACCCCCAGAUCUCCCCUCUGGGGGGACACGGACCCCGGGGACCCCCGAGAACCCCCUCCGCCAAGCGCGGCAAAGUCCUGGGCGCAGGCCAGCGGUACUCCCGCCGAUGGUGCCAGAGCCCCCCUCCCGGGCCGGUUCUCGCGGGAGGAGUUCCCUAGUUUGGGGCGGCCGCCGAGCGGGGAGGGCGGCCGCGAGCGGGGCGCUGCCGACGCGUCGGGUGGGCGCGCACCGAGCCCCGCCCCCACGGACACCCCUGAAUGUUCCCCGGAGUCCCUUAUCCCCCAUGGACUCCCCAGGACCCCCCCACUCAUUCUAGGCCCCUCCUUGACCCCUUUCCCCCCAGGCGGCAGCUGGCGGGAGGGGCGAGGGGCUGAGGAGCCCCCGGCCGAGGGGGGGGGAGCCCCCCCCGGACCCCCCCAUUUCCCCCCAUACCGGGGGGUGAUGCCACCCUUUAUGUACCCCCCGUACCUGCCCUUCCCGCCGCCCUACGGGCCCUUCCGGGGCCCCGACGCACAGAGGUUCCCAAGGCCGGGGGGUCCCCGUGGUGCCCCCCCAAGGGGGGGGUCUCCCCCGUCCCGCCCCCCCGUGCUGCGCCAGGACGAGCUGCGCGAGUUCGACGAGCUGGACCAGGAGAACGACGAGGGCUGGGCCGGAGCCCACGAGGAGGUCGAUUACAGCGAGAAGCUCAAGUUCAGCGACGAGGAGGACGGGCGGGACGAGGACGAGGAGGACGAGGGGAAGGAGAACGAGCCGCCGGCCCCCCCCGAGGCUCCGCAGCCCCCCAAGGAGGAGCCGCCGCCCCCCAAGUCGCCCCCCAGAAGGAGGGGCCCAAAGAGCCCCGGCACCGCCCCCGGCCCCCAAACCGGGCCCCGCCCCCCGCCGCCCCCAACCGCGGCAGCUGGGCCACGCCCAACGAGCUCCCGACGAGGCGUGGCGCCGCCGUCGCCGUCAAUCCUGCGCGGAGCUGUCGCAGGCGGUGGCGCGGGGGGUGUGUUUGGGGUGUCCCAGGUGUGUCCCAGGUAUCUCAGGUGUGUCCCAGGUGUGACAGGUGUGUCCCCUCAGGAUGAAGACAAGGCGUGGCGCCGCCGUCGCCGUCAGUCCUGUGCGGAGCUGUCGCAGGCGGUGGCGCGGGGGGUGUGUUUGGGGUGUCUCAGGUAUCUCAGGUGUGUCCCAGGUGUGACAGGUGUGUCCCCUCAGGAUGAAGAUGAGGCGUGGCGCCGCCGUCGCCGUCAAUCGUGCGCGGAGCUGUCGCAGGCGGUGGCGCGGGGGGUGUGUUUGGGGUGUCCCAGGUGUGUGAUAGGUGUUGCAGGUGUGACAGGUGUGUCUCCCCAGGAUGAAGAUGAGGCGUGGCGCCGCCGUCGCCGCCAGUCGUGCGCGGAGCUGUCGCAGGCGGUGGCGCGGGCGCGGCGGCGCCGCGAGGCCGAGGAGCGCCGCAUGGCCGAGCAGCGCCGCGCCGCCUGCGCUGAGAAGCUCAAGCGCCUGGACGAGAAAUUCGAGGCCCCCGAGCGCCGCCCCCGCCCGGGACCCCCGGGGCCUCCCCGACUGCCACGGAGACCCCCGGGCCAGCCCCCGCCCCCGCCGAGCCGCCCCGGCGCCCCGAGCCCCCAGGCCGCGCCGGAGCCGCCGGAGCGCGGCCGGAGCCGGAGGAGGGGGCACGGCGGGACCCCGGCGCUGCAGUGGAGCCGCCGCCCCGAGGCCCCCUGGAGCCCCGAGGAGCCGCCACCACCCCCGGCCCCCCGGCCGCCACUGCCACCGCCCCCAAGGGGGAGCCCAGGGAGAGGGGCGGCGCCCCCACGCCAGCCCCCGGCCCAGCCCCCGCCUACCCCAAGUACCAGAAGUCGCUGCCCCCGGUUCCAGCGGCAGCAGCAGGAGCAGCUGCUGAAGCAGCAGCAGCAGUGGCAGCAGCAGCAGCAGCACGGGCCCCCACGGCCCCUCCCGCGGCCCCCACCCUGGGGGCUCUGGGGGCAGGGUACCCCCGGUACGGCCCCCGGCGCCCCCUGGGCCCCCAAGCUGUUCGGGGCCCUGGGCCGGCCCCCGGCGCUGCCCCAGCGGCUCGACCCCCGCUGGGUGAUGCUGCCCCCUACGUGGACCCCGGCUGCUCCCCCGCGGGCCCCCGUCGACUUCUACCCCGGCGUGCACCCCUCAGGGCUGCUGCCGCGGGAGCGCUCGGACAGCGGGGCGGGAUCGGAGCCCUUCGACCGCCCCCCGGCCCCCCUGCGGGACCGCGGGACCCGGGACCCCAAACCCACCUGGGGAGGGGCGACGCCUCGCGGCCCCCCGAGCCGCGAGGGCUGCCCUCCCCUGCGCCCCGCGGCGACGACGACAAGGGGAGUGAGACCCCCGUCCGCCUGCGGGACCCGGGGGCGCCCCCUACGUGUACCCCCUUCGAGAGCAGGGGGCCCCCUGCCCCGCUUCCCCCCGCCCCCGAGGACCCCCGCGCCCCCGGCCCUGGGCCCUGCCCCCGGGGCUGCUCCCCACGACCCCCGACACCCCCAAUGCCCCGACAGGGCCCCAGAGCCGCCGCCCCCGCGCCGCCGCCCGCGCCCCACCUUCAAGGAGCCCCCAAGAGGCGCCGCCCCCAGAAGCCCCCAGAAGGAGGAGGCGCUGGGGGCCGCGCUGAGGCCCCCAGGAGGAGGAGGAGGGUCGCGCGCCCAGCGCCCCGCGCCCCGGCGGCCCCACAAGCCCCGAGGUCCCGCACCGAGACCCGCUGGGGGCCCAGGCCUGGGGGCCCCCGCGCGCCCCCGACGAGCCCCCGACAGAGCCCCCCCGCCGCAGGGCCCAUCAAGAAACCCCCAAGGACGAGGGGGGCGCCGGGAAGAGCCCCCACCAAGGACUCCCAGAAGCCCCCAAGGCCAAAGCGGGCUCGCCCCUCCCCUGGCCACCAAGGGCCGGGGGGCCCCAGAGGCGCGGAGGCGUCCCGUCCCGCCGCGCCGAGAGCCCCCCUGGAGCGCGGGGGCCCGGCCGAGGGCCCCGGAGAGAUCCGGGCGCGGCGAGUUCUUCGCCCGGGGCCAGGGGUUCCGGGGCCUACGGGGGCGCGGCCGAGGGGGGCGGGGCGAGCCGCCCCGCGAGUUCCGCGGCUUCCGUGGCGCCCCAGGGACGCCGCCCCCAGCCCCGCGGCCCUCCUCCUCCGGGGGCCCCCUGGCGCGGCCCCCGGCCCCCGGGUCGGAGCCGCGCAGCAGCUCGAGUACGAGGAGAGCCCCGGCGGCGCCAGCGCGGCUCAGAGCUCCGACACGGGGGCCCCGGCGCCGCCGCCACGGGCGGGGGCAGCAGCAGGACAAGCCCCCCCGGUUCCGCCGCCUGCGCCAGGAGCCCCCAGGGCCCUCCCCAGCAGCGCGGGGGGCCCCCAGACUGGGCUGCCCCCACCCAAAACGCCCCGGGCCCCCCGCGGCCACCACCGCCCCCAGCGCCCCCCGCUCCCCGACCACAACUCGGACCAGUGGGAGACGGCGUCGGAGAGCAGCGACCUGGGGGGCGCAGGGGGCCCCUGAGCGGGACCCCCGCCCCGGCGGCCCCCGCGCAGGCCCGCCCCCCGCCGCCCCCAGCCCCCGCCUGGCCAAGCGCAGCUUCUCCAGCCAGCGCCGCUCGGGGGCCCGGACCCCAGAACAACCCCCCGCCGCGGGGCGGCCGCUCCGGGGGCCGCAGGGGGCGGCAGCGAGCGAGCCGGGGGGCGAGGGGGACAAGAGGGUGGCCCUCGCCCGAAACCCCCCCGGCCCCCUGGCCCCGGCGCGGCCCCCGGGGCUGGCACUGCCCCCGCCCUCGGCCGUGUUCCGCCUCGACCGGGUGGUCCCGAGCGACCCGGGGGCAUCCGCAGGGCCCUGGCACAGCUGCGGCCCAAGGCCGGGACCCCCGCCCGGGCUGCCCCCCGCAGCCCCAGAGCCCCCCUGGGCCCCCUGGAGCCCCCGGGCCGGGUCGGGGCUCGGGGCUUAUAGCCAAACGGCGCGAGAGGCCCCAAAAUCAGGUGCCCCCAAGCUGCUGGCCCGGGGCAGCCCUGGAUGGAGCCCUGCCCCCUUCGAGGACGGUGCCAGCCCCGAGCCCAGCCCGGCGGACAGCGGGGUGGAGCUGAGCGGGGACUCGGGCGCCUGCAGUCAGCGCAGCUCCCCGACAGAGGGCUCGGUGUGCGGGGCCCCCCACGGCCCCCAGGCCCCAUCGGCACCGAGAGGUCCCAGCGGGCCCGGAACCCCCGGGGCCGAGGUUUGGGGGUCCCCCACGCCCCGACAGGGCCCCCGACGGAGAGCGCAGCGAGAAGGAGACCCGACCCCGGGGGCUGAGAGUAGGGGGCUGGGGGUGUUCUGGGGGUGCCCACCCCCGUGGAGCCCCCUGGCACCGGCAGCAGUUUCCGCCCGGGACCCCUCGCUGGCCCCCUACAGGCCGGUGCUGGUGGCGGGGGCGGGGCUGCCCCUGCCCCCCCUCAAGGGCCCCUUCGUCGACUUCCCGGGCCUGGGGGGCCCCGACCUGGCCAAGCUGGGGGGGGCUGGAGGGGUCCUGUACCCAACCCCCUUCCUGUACGGGCCCUACUGCCCCCCCCCGGACCCCCCCGUGCUGCAGAUGCGACAGGACCUGACCCCGCCCUCGGAGUUCUACGGGCAGGGCCAGAGCAGCUUCCAGCAGGUAAAGCCACCCCCUCUUGGGGGUAAAAUCCCCCCUUUUGGGGGUAAAAUCCCCUCUUUUGGGGUCACGCCCUCCCCUGGGGCCCAGCCCCUGCUCUGACCCCCUUUCCCCCAGAUGCUGCUGCCGCUGGUGGAGCCCCGGU